AAGAUGCGUGGUGGCGCUGCUACUCUAAAAUGAAAAAUCUCUCUCUUUCUUUAUUAUUUAAACCUUAACCUGGCGGCUUCAAUUUCUCCAAUACAAUAUUCUCUCUAAUGGGUAAACCUUCCACUUCUUCUUCCUCUUCUUCCAACAGUAGAAGAAGAACACACAACAAUUCCUCCUAUCUUUCUUCCUCUAUCACACACCAAAACAUUGAUGAACAACAACAUCUUCAUCCUGAUCUUAACCUUGGAUUGAGCAUUUCCACUUCAACGGGACAUUGGCAACCAUUCCAGCACCAACGAGGUGGUGAAGUGAAUGAUUGCGCCGAUUAUGGCAGUUUCUUUGUCAAGGUUUACAUGGAAGGGAUUCCUAUUGGGAGAAAACUCAAUUUAUUAGCUCAUAAUUGCUAUCAAGAGUUAGUCAAUACUCUUGAACAUAUGUUCGACACUACAAUUCUAUGGGGCACUGAGAUGGAUGGAAUGCAAUCAGAGAGAUGUCAUGUCUUAACUUAUGAAGAUGGAGAAGGGGAUUUGAUUAUGGUUGGUGAUGUACCUUGGGAGAUGUUCUUGUCAUCUGUGAAGAGGUUGAAGAUCACAAGGGUCGACACAUUCGGGUGUUGAUUGUUGAAGAUGAAACUUCCUCCAAUUUUAGUGAUUAGAGAUGACUCAUGAUACUCUUAGCAGAGGGUGAGAAUGUGAAAGAAAAUCAAGGGUUAAAAUAUUGUUUUUGACCCUUUAUUAGAUUUUUAGCAAGGUUCUUUUAAGAUUAGAUCAAUUUUAAAUUAGAGAAGUGAACAAAAAGUGUUUUGAAGGGUUAUAUAAGAAUUUUAAUGAAUUUUUUUCCUUAUGGUUUA